AAGUUUUUUAAAAUUAUAUAAUUAUUUUUUAACAGGAAGGGGGGGGGGGAUAUUCAUACCUCUUCGAUUUGGUAUUCAUCCUGAAAUUUGCUCACAGAGGGUUCACCACAGGCAGCUGAUUUUUCAGGCUGAGGAAAAUCAACUUUGUUCAAGUCCGAAAAUUCGGGAAAAUCGGUAUCCAGUUUCGUUACCGUCUCACUCGACAUCUGCUCAGAAUCCGAUAAAUCUUCAUUCCCUUGAAAGGGCUCAAAGCUGCAACUUUUUUCUUCUUCAAGAACAAACUUUUUGUAGGGACCUCUUUUCCCUGUAGCUUUACGCUUUUGCUUAUUUUUGUCGCCGUCCAUUUUUUUUUUUACUUGUUCUCAGUGCAAUUUACGAUAUAUCUGUAACUCAAUACCAGACAAGGAUUCUGAAGUGACCGAUUAGGGUACUCAAGGGGUAUUUAUUAUGUACACAUACAUUCUAAAGGAUGAUCUUUUUUAAAAUAAUAUGCAUUCAAAAGAAAAGUGGGUAUUACGUUUUACAAAUGAUUAUGUUAAUAUGUAAAUAUUCAAUACUUGUGUUUGUUAAUUGUUAUAUGACUUGUUAUACGUAUUAAUCAAAACGUUUAAGUCUGUUUGCACCGCAUAUAUAACCCAUGGGGUGCCCUUGACCAGAUGUAGUCUGACCCACUGAAAUCUUAUCGUGAUGCCAUGUGAUGCUGGCCAUUGCUGACCCCCAGCUGUUUACGCGCUUAUAGUUUCUUUGUUCAGGAAAAGCCUCGACAGACAUUUUGAUAACACGAAAGUUUGCUGUACUCUUUGUCACAUUCAGUCUGUGUUAAACUUGAAUUCUAAAUAUGUUCGGAUGCGUUUUCUUCCACGAGGAUACGAGUUUAAGUGUUGUUGGGGAGAAGUCUAAACGACUGGAACUUUUGGGAUCUUUUCAAGAGGGAGAAAAAGUUAACAUGAAGUGGGGAAAAGACAUUUUCUCGGGAGUUAUUGUCUAUGUGCAUGAAAACCAAGAUCUUCUUGAAGCAGAAGCUGUAAAGGCAGAGAAGAAGGUUUUGAGAGGCAAGAACCUGAGUGCAGAAGAAAGUGUAGAGCAAUUAAUCACAUUUUUCAAAAAGGCAGAAAAUGAAAAUCAGAAAAAAGAUGGAAAAAGGGAAAGGAUUCCGACAGAAAGAGCUAAAGAAAGUCAUGAACAAGACAAUGAAAUGAGCCCCAAAAAGAAAAAGAAAAAUACAGCAAAUGAAAAGAAAGAUGACAAAACUGAAAAGAAGGAUGACGGCGAAAAGAACAAUGAUGAAGGAAAGAAAAAGAAUGACAGAAAGAAAAACAAAGCAGAGAGAAAGAAAAAGACAGAAGAAAAGAGCAAAGAGAAAACAGAAUUAGAAACACCCAAAGAAAAAGAGAGACAUGAAAAGAAGGCAGAGAGUAGUGUGCAGCUGGCAACAGCAAAGGAAAUGCUGUCAUCCUUAAGUGACCAGUUUGGGUCUCCAACAGCAUCUGAAGAUAGGUGUGUUGACAAAACAACAGCAACUGAAGAUAGGUGUGUUAACAACACAACAGCAACUGAAGAUAGGUGCGUUGACAAUACAACAGCAACUGAAGAUAGGUGUGCUGACAACACAAGUCUGACGUCAACUUGGGCCCUCUGUAAUCCUGAGCUGGAAAGGCCAUCUGUGACAAUGUCAACAACAGUUCCAUCUUCUGAAGCCACUCGACCACCUGCUGAUGUCCUUGAGUUAUUUAAAUUGAUGUUAAGACCACAAGUUCAAAGCUACAUGAGAAGUAUGAUCUCCCAGUUCCAAGAGACAGAGUCUCAGGUUGAUGAAACUUACUCAUGCUUACCAUUACCAACAUACACACCAAUGACAACAUGGACACAAGACUGUAACUUCACACAGCCAUCUCCUUGGACCCAACAGCUACCGGUGCCAGCAUUUGAACAGCAGCUUCAAACUCAACCAACUUCCAACAUUCAACACACUCAACAGAUGCCAAUACAACAAAUUUCCCUAAAUUCACAACCUCAAGACAUUGAAAAUCAACAAAUGUCAACACACCUUUCAAUGCCACCUCAAAUAUCUCUACAACAAAUUCCUGGUAGUCGGUUUAACAUAUGUCUCCACCAGCUAAGAACACGGAAUACAGACCAAAAACUGGCCGUCAAUAGAUACCACACCCAGAAAUGUCCGUCAGACCCCCCUUUAACAAUCGAUUCAGAACUGCUGUACAAACUGUUGCUACAAUUGCUGGUUGAAGAAAUCGAUCAGCAUAAAAGUUCACAAAUUGUUCGCAAGAGACUGGGAGGAGCUGGUAUUUGUCCGCGACAACCGUACAUUGGAAACCCACUAGGACUGAGACAUCACACAGUACAUAUUAUUAUGCCCCUUAAAUUUGGGGGCGAUGAAAAUGACAUCAACUUGACUUUUCAAUUUGGAACAGGACAUGUUUGA